GGGAAAAGGCUGGGGUAAACAAGUGGGAGGCUGUCAUAACACAGGGGGAGGUCGAGGUAACAAGGUGUAUUAUAUACAAACCAGUAGUACAAUUUGGGAGGAGCUCCAGGUGACAAGCAAUACAAUUACCAUGUCACUCUCAGAAGCUGUGAUAAGGAAGGCUGGAAAUGGACUGGCACUGUCCAAAAUUAAAAGUCUUGACCUCUCUGACAAGAACCUUACCACAUUGGAUCCCAAGAUCAUGAACCAACUGGUGACCUUGCAAAGUCUUGACCUGUCCAAUAACAACAUCAGCAGUAUUCCCACAGACAUCUGUCUUCCUUCACUGACCACAUUCGAUAUUUCAGACAACUCAAUUAGCUCUUUAUCAUUUGGACAGAAAUUUCCAAAGCUAGCCUCUCUAUAUAUUGCUGGCAACCAUGAUCUGGGGAAAGCUGACCGCCUAAUUGCCAUAGUAGAGAACUCCAGUCUGACCCAGAUAGAUGACCAGAGGGCCAGCUCUCUUCUACAGGUCGUAAGGCAAAUACGUAGCAAGUUUGAGAUACAGGUAAAGGCUAAGUGGGAGGUGUUAUUUGCUGAGCCUUACGCCACUGGUAUCCCUGACGACGAGGUGGACCAGGUGACCGAUGAGUUCCUUGACUGCCUGAGGAAAGAUAAUCUCUUCAAAAAUGCUGAUUCCAAAUUUGAAAAGUAUAUGCUGGAGAAACUUGCCAAAGAGAUGGUCCAGUCUGCCAAGAACUUGUCAAUCUACAACUCCACACACUCCCUUCCUGGGACUCCCCGCAGUGCCCGCCUCAAUGACCUUCAGUCUCCGGAGACCACACCUGUUAGACAAAGCUCGCGUACUCCUGUGCCCAACAAACGACUUAUCGACACACCCACAGACAAACCACCCACUCCUAAAAAUGUAGUACCAGCAAGCACACAAGACUCCGAGAGAACACCUAAAAAAGAGGGGAGGGGCCAGAAACGACGAAGGGAUUCCAGCCCAGGGUCACCUUCAAAACCAAGCUCCAAAUCAUACAGAACAGAAACUGGACAUAUGUCAUCACCAAAGUUCAGCCAUAGGUCGCCAGCAUCUGCAACCAAAACUCAAAACAAAGGCAAGAAACGCAGACGAUCAUCCACCCCAGAGUCAGAAUGUAAACAGAAGGCCAAAUCGUACAGAACAGAGACUGGUCAACUGUCAUCUCCAAAGUACACAGCCCUCAAUAACCCACGUAUAGAUCAUCUGGCACCCGUACCUGACUACGACCCAACCUACUUUGUACGUUGUCACUCGGACGAGGACAGCCCUUCUGAUGACAACACCAAGGUGUGGCGAUGUGCAUUUGAACCCAAACCUAACAACCCAAGCGAGCACACCAAUGUGGUAGCUACAGUUGGUGGCAAGAUAGUUUGUUUGGUCGACUGUCAGACCGGCAAGGUCAUGAGGAGGUUCAAGGACACAGACAAGAAAGAGUCUUUCUACACUUUGGCCUGGACCACGAUCCACUUGGAUGAGGAAAACUCUACGGAGACCACCAACAUCCUUGCUGUCGCAGGGGAUGCAUGUGACGUUAAACUAAUCCACCCAUCACAGCUUGUCAUGUAUGCUACACUGGAGGGUCACCGCCGCUACAUCAGCUGUCUCGCCUUCCACCCCUCCUACCCUACCAUCCUUUUCAGUGGUGGGAAGGACAACAGAAUCAUCAUGUGGGACAUUGGGAUACCAGACCUGUCCGACUACUCCACCAACUUCAGAAAGCUGAAGUGUCUGGUUACCCCAGGAACAGACCCUCUAAACCUCGCCAUCAGCCUGAGCACAAACAGUUUGCUAGCAGGCUGUGAAAAUACCUGCUACUUAUGGAAGCUCAAAGACAUGAAUAAGCUUAACAAGGAGCCUGACCUUGAGCUCUCACUGCCAAUAACAGAUGAUAAGAGUGACAGUGCCAGUGAUGACAGCAACAGCAGUGACAUUGUUGAUGGACUUGUCAUGCUCUCUGAUAACUAUGUUGUAACAAAGUGUGUAGGAAACAGCUGCCUGACCAUGUUUGACCUGAAGUCCUCCAUACCUAAGAAACUGCAGGGAAGACGAACACGCAGCGUCAAGGUCACACCCACAGCUCUCCUGAAUUACACUCGUACUACAGUGGACUAUAUCUACUUGGCUGCCUCUCAAGGUCUGGUUGCUGCAGGCGAUGACAAGGGAUCCAUUCACUUAUACAACCUGGAUGAACUUGUGGCAGAAAAGGCAAAAUCAUGUGACACUGUUCUUCAGCAGUCAAGAGUUUUGGAUUGGCCAGAAAUAUCCCUUGGUAGAUAUACAGACAGCAUGAAGGAGUUGGUCACUGAGAAGGGAGUUGUGAUUAACUCAAUAGCUGUGAACCACAGUAGAGACUACCUGGUGUGUGGUACAGACAACAACCUUGUGUGUAUCUGGAAACGAAGCUCUGUGAAUGUGUGAAUCUGGAAACGAAACUCUGAAUGUGUGAAUCUGGAAACGAAGCUCUGUGAAUCUGGAAACGAAGCUCUGUGAAUGUGUGAAUCUGGAAACGCAUAUCUGUGAAUGUGUGAAUCUGGAAACAAAGCUCUGUGACAUUGUGUGAAUCAGGAAACAAAGCUCUGUGCCAUUGUGUGUAACUGAAUACUUGUCCUUGUAUGUGUCUAAUACAGCUCUGAUAGGCUGUGAUUAUGGCCAGUUUUGUGUAUCUGUAAAUACAGCUCAGCAACAGUGUGAAUACAUGUAUUUUGAUAUACAUCUACAUGUACCUACAUGCAUAGUUGUACCAUUUGAUGUGAUAUAGCUACAGAUAAAAAUGUAGUCUUACAAAUAAAUCACUGAUGUCACAUGGCAACCCUGAAAACUAACUGCCUGGUCCCAAAAGCAAAUCAUGGCAUCAGCAAAACUUGUCCCAGUCCCGUUUACCAAAUGGCAUCAGGGAAAUUAUAUGUUUUGAUAAUUCCUGGGUCCCACAGUAAUAAAGUACCAUGUACAGAUAUAGUUCAGGUAUUUUUUGUUAAGCAAAUCUACAAAGAACUAAUAUAUAAAGAUUAUAAAAAUAACUCCCAAUAUUACUGAAUGAUCUUUAUUUUAGUUUUCCUGUAUAUAUCAGCAAAUAAAGCUGAUACAUUAUUGGAUGUAGCUGCAUCUUCAAUUGAACAAAGAAAAAAAAGUUGAGACAGUUAUGAAAAUUGUUAGUUUGUGUUGAAUCUAUAUCCAGUGCCGGCCAAAAUGUUACGUAUUUUCUUGUAAAUAUUAUUUUUAUAAAUAGUAAUAUGAAAACAUUUGGUGCCAAACAAAGUCACUGGAUUGCUUCCCUUUGUAAAGAGAGUGUGUGAGUAACCUCCCUUGGUACAGUAUUAUCUCCCUUUGUAAAUUUUAUAUUGAACGAUUGUGCAGAACAAAGGAAAGCAGUUGUAGAAAGUGUUGUUAAGUUUGACAAUAUAAUGUUUUCCUUUAAAAUGACAAAUAUGGUUUAUAUAUAGAACAAUUACGUUAUUAAUAAUCUGAAUAUUUACAGUGUUCAAAUAUUAUCAAAACAAUCUUAGUAUCUGUAUGUCGGUAAUUGUUACAUAUGUUUUCAGGCUACAGGUGCUUGACACUCUGAUAUGUUGUGUAUACUAUAUAACAGUAUAUAGACUAUAUACAUUUUAUAUUAGUUUUGUAAAGGAUUACUUUGUUGUGCCACUUUCAGAAAUGUUAAUGAUCCAUUUUUAUUUUCCUUAUAAAACAUAUUUUAUUUCAAAUUUCUCUUAACAUUUUCCCUAUAUUUUUUUUUAAACUGCACUUUUUGUCAUCAUGUUUUAACUUUUUAAACGAUUUUAAUUAAACUAGUUUGUGACCACAAAAUACAGUAUGCAAGGUAUUAAAGCAUUUAAAGUUCAGUUUUCAACAUUCUUUUUUCAAAUAUUUAUUCAGAACUGAUUUAUUUACUUUAUAUGAAGAGAAACAUUGCAUUUUUGUUGAUGAGAAAUUUACCAUAUGUUAGUUAAAUUUUUGUUGCAUUUCUUAAAUCCUUUGUUUAAUUAUUUAAUAUCCACAUUUUACUACCAAUAUUUGCUUGAUUUUAAACGAAUUUUAAAAUUUCAAAAGUUUUAGUUUCCUUUUCAGAAUCUAAGUAUUUCUGUUACUCUACUAAUGAAACCAUAAUAAAUGUCUGAAAAGUGA